GAUCGUCGCUUGAAUUUCUCUGAGAUAAGCCCAACUCGUCCAGCAAAAUAGAGUCCCUCAGGGUGACAGUUGACUUCCUAAAGGUGCCUCUUGGCCUGAAGAAGCCUGUGCUGAAGGAGGUGGCUGUGGGGCCCCCCAAGAGGCCCCAGCCUGCGGCCCUGGAGCGCUACAAGGCACGGCGUUCGGACGCCAUGGACACCGAGUCCCAGUACUCGGGCUAUUCUUACAAGUCGGGCCAUUCCCGUAGCUCCCGAAAGCAUAGGGACCGGCGGGACCGACACCGCUCUAAGAGCCGGGAUGGGAGUCGUGGAGAUAAAUCGGUGACGAUCCAGGCGCCAGGAGAGCCCCUGCUGGACAAUGAGUCCACGAGGGGAGAUGAGCGGGACGACAACUGGGGAGAAACAACAACCGUAGUCACAGGCACCUCUGAGCACAGCAUCUCCCACGAUGACCUCACCCGCAUCGCCAAGGACAUGGAGGACAGCGUCCCGCUGGAUUGUUCGCGCCACUUGGGCGUGGCGGCAGGGGCCACUCUGGCGCUGCUCUCUUUCCUCACCCCACUGGCUUUCCUGCUUCUGCCUCCACUGCUGUGGCGGGAGGAGCUGGAGCCGUGUGGGACGGCUUGUGAGGGCCUCUUCAUCUCCGUGGCCUUCAAGCUGCUCAUCCUGCUGCUGGGCAGCUGGGCUCUGUUCUUCCGCCGGCCCAAGGCCUCGCUGCCCCGAGUCUUCGUGUUGCGCGCCUUGCUCAUGGUGCUCGUCUUCCUGCUGGUUAUCUCCUACUGGCUCUUCUAUGGGGUGCGCAUCUUGGAUGCCCGGGAGCGCAGCUACCAGGGCGUGGUGCAGUUUGCCGUUUCGCUAGUGGAUGCCCUGCUCUUCGUGCACUACCUGGCUGUCGUUCUGCUGGAGCUGCGCCAGCUCCAGCCCCAGUUCACGCUCAAGGUCGUGCGAUCGACAGAUGGGGCCAGCCGCUUCUACAAUGUUGGCCAUCUCAGCAUCCAGCGAGUGGCAGUGUGGAUCCUGGAGAAGUAUUACCAUGACUUCCCUGUCUACAACCCCGCCCUCCUCAACCUGCCCAAGUCCGUCCUGGCCAAGAAAGUGUCUGGCUUCAAGGUGUAUUCUCUCGGAGAGGAGAACAGCACCAAUAACUCCACUGGCCAGUCAAGGGCUGUGAUCGCGGCAGCGGCACGGAGACGGGACAACAGCCACAAUGAGUAUUACUAUGAGGAGGCCGAGCAUGAGCGCAGAGUGCGGAAGCGCAGGGCCAGGCUCGUGGUGGCGGUGGAGGAGGCCUUCACUCACAUUAAGCGGCUGCAGGAAGAGGAGCAGAAGAACCCCAGGGAGGUGAUGGAUCCCCGGGAAGCAGCCCAGGCCAUCUUUGCAUCCAUGGCCCGGGCCAUGCAGAAGUACCUUCGGACUACCAAGCAGCAGCCUUACCAUACCAUGGAGAGCAUCCUGCAGCACCUGGAGUUCUGCAUCACUCACGACAUGACACCCAAGGCCUUUCUGGAGCGAUAUUUGGCAGCUGGACCUACCAUCCAGUACCACAAGGAACGUUGGCUGGCCAAACAGUGGACCUUGGUGAGCGAGGAGCCGGUGACCAAUGGGCUUAAGGAUGGCAUCGUUUUCCUCUUAAAACGCCAGGACUUCAGCCUGGUGGUGAGCACCAAGAAGGUGCCGUUCUUCAAACUCUCUGAGGAAUUUGUGGAUCCUAAGUCACAUAAGUUUGUCAUGCGGCUGCAGUCGGAGACCUCCGUGUGACUUUGCAACAGCAGGGGAGGGGGACGUGGGGGUUCCUGCGGAGUGGGGAGUGGCUUGGAUCUCUGGCCCUGUCAAGCUUCUGCCACCACCCUCCUUCCUCUUGCUCUUGCUUUUUUUUUUUUUUUUUUUUUUUUUUUUUUUACUUGAAUUAACUUAUCCUAUAUCGGGUCUCCACCCCUCUUCCUCAGUUUCCCCAUGUAAAUCUGGAGAGACCACCUUGCUUUAACAAUAUCUGGGAACCACCCUGCCCCCCCAAGUUUGUAUCACUCCAGGCUCUGCAGGAAACAGUGCCUCCUACCCCGUUCUUCCCCUGGGUGGAAGUCCCUCCUCAAAGGGCGCGCGCAGGGCCUUCUUGAUUGCACCCUAACCCUGAGCUCCCACUUAACAGACCUAAGUUCUCAGAGCCCUGCUCUCCAGUGACCCCUAAUAGGGGUUCUCUGGGGGGGGGCGCACAGCUUUGACCCCAGAGAGCCAUGGUGCCAAACUCCUGCGGGACAGCAGCUAGCCCUAUUCCCUGUCCCCACCCAUAGCCCUGAGUCCCUGGGCAAGGAUGCACCCGUGACAGUAGUCCCAGAGUUAGGAAUCUCCCUGCAGUGUCACUUGCUUCCCACUGUUACAGCUGUACUUUCCUGGUCCACACACACACACACCACACACACAGAACAAGCGGGGAGCCCCAUCUGCCACCCAGGAGUCUUCACUGCUAUUUCUGACCUGUGUGAUCACAUGAUCAUAGGCAAACUGAGGUGGAACCUCUUUGACCACUUGACCAGGGCUGUGGGGGAGGUCCAGUAUUUCUGUUUCGGACAACUCCUGAGGGGAAGGGCGGGAUAGACCCCUGAGGUUGGAGAGACCCUUGUCGUUGACCCCCAUCCCUCUGAACCCACUGACCCUUACCCCUCUCAGCUGUUCAUUCCCACCCUUACCUGUGAAGGAUGCAUGUCAACUUCUGUAGGGACUUUAUGACGUGCAGACCCUGACCAACCCUAUGGUUGGUUUUAAGACAUUUUUCUUUUCUGCACCAGCUACCCCAGUCCUGUUGACUUGCAGCUCUAGAGACCUGUGGCCUCGUCUCUUCUUAGGGGAGGGGCCAGCAGCUCCUCAUCCCCUGCCUUAAGUCCAGUUCUUUGCCUCAGGGGUCUCUUUUCCAUGGCCUUCCAGGGUCCCAUCCUCUUCUCUCCCUGCCUCGCUUCCUAGGCUCUAUAUUGGGGUGAGGGACCAGGAUUCCUGCCUUUUGUGGGUCUUAGCUCCUCACCCCAUUUUAACUAACAGCCUUUGCACCGAGUCUGACUCUCAGUAAUUUAAAGCUCAUUUUGAGCAGAAUUCACUAACCCUCAAAUGGAUAUUUUCAGAGCAAAUUUGAGCCUUUAAAUUAGACGCCUUUAAAUCAUUUUUUUUAUCACAAGGAAUAGAAAUAGAAAAUACCCACAUCUAUCCUUCCAGCAUCCAUGUGGAGGAUGGUUCUGAUGGCUGGGAUGGAGCAGUGCUCCUGGGCCACUUCUGUAAACAACUCCCAAAGCCCCUGCAUAGUUCCUUCACUUCCCUAGAAAUUUUGCUGGCAUUUUCUGUGCAAAGCACAAACUGAGAUGAGGUACCCAUUGAUCCCGCUGUGAGGCUGUGGGAUCCACAGCCCACCCACCCCUUACAAAGGGGCUCAUCCAUUAGUGCUUACCUUGUUCCCACAGGGAUGGGCUUUUAGAGCUGACUUAGGCAGGGCCUCGGAGUUAACCUCCAGGCUGUGGUAGAGGUUCCUGGAUAGACUCCAGUGAAAUUAGUUUGUACUUGGGUCAUGGGAAGGUAUCUUUUCCUUAAAAAAAAAAAUCAGGUUUCAGAGGAGUCCUUUUUGGGUCACAUAAAUACCUCACUAUCCUGGAAAGCAGGGCCUGGAUGGUGAUUGGGGUCGCUGCCUUUGUGGGCAAGAAUGGGGUGUGGUGUUGGUUUGAGCAGUGGGUGGGGGAGGGUAGAAGGAAAAUGUUUGGGAUCUUAGUUGAUGCCCUAGGUUAGGGGCACAGGAGUGUUUAUUUUAAGAACCUGCCAUGUUUUUUAAUCACUGUGAUACUUUCAUUCCUUUUCCCUAAAUCGAAAAGAAAAAGUUUCCCUGACUCUGUCUAAGCACUAAGGGCUGUGACUAAGAAUGGUAGCGUUUUGGUCCUUUGUGUCAGAACUGUGGUAUCUUUGUCUACUUUGGUUGUUAUUAUUUUUUAAAAUGUCAGGAUGAAUUGUCAAGUGUAUAGCUCUGUGUGUGUGCGCGCGCGUGUGUGUGUGUGUGUGUGUGUG